CCCAGAUUGUUUUUCGGUUUUCUCUUUUUCCCACAUAGACCCUGCGCUAUAUAAGCUCCCGAAAGCUAAAGGGACCCAACGAACAAGGUCUCUGCGACAAGAUAUAAGGACUGAAAAUGUCGACACCGCCGGCGGCUGCAACAAGCCCGAAGAGCGAGAAAAGUCCUGCCAAGAAUACUGCGAAAAGUCCCUCAAAGAGUCCCUCAAAGAGCCCUUCAAACAGCCCCCCUCAACAUGCACAGGUGAAUGUUGGAGAUACCGGCAUUCUGGAACCUACACAUUGGCAGCAGCUUGCCGAGGAGGAGAAUGUGAACCAAGACGAUGAUGCUCAUUCGCUGAGCGAAGAAAGUCUCGCGUCCUCGACAGAUUCAGUGACUUCUAGUAUUUUUGAAUACCGCAAGCUUCAUGGGAGGACAUAUCAUCGGGAAAUUGGCAGUUCACAGUACUGGGCUGCAAACGAUGAAAGACAAAGUGAACUGCUCGAUAUCAACCACCACUGUCUGACGCUGGGUAUUGGAGGAAAGACGCACCUCGCCCCUCUUGAUACUGAGAAAAUUACAAAAGCGCUUGACAUUGGAACAGGCACUGGUAUCUGGGCUCUAGAUUUCGCUGAUGAAUAUCCCAACGUGGAAGUUAUCGGCACCGAUGUAUCGCCAAUUCAGCCCUCUUGGGUCCCACCGAACCUGCAAUUUGAGAUCGAAGACUGUACCCAAGAGUGGACGUUUGCGCCCAACUCAGCCGACUACAUUCACAUCCGCUGGCUCAUCGGCAGUAUCCCCGACUGGUAUAAAUUCUUCCGCGAGGCCUAUAAGACCUGCAAGCCAGGUGGUUGGGUCGAGAGUUUUGAACCUUCGGGUAUUAUCACCAGUGACGAUGACACCGUGAAGGAGAGCUCUGCACUGGGUCAGUGGGGUAAGCUGUUUAUUGAAGGGGCUAAGAAGCUAGGUGUGAGCUUCACUGUAUAUGAAGAAGAGCUACAGCGGAAAGCCAUGGAAGCUGCUGGCUUUGUUGAUAUCCAGCAAUUCGAGUACAAGACUCCAAUUGGCGGCUGGCCCAAAGAUCCAGAGCUGAAGGAGCUCGGCCAGUUCGGCAAGCUUGCGUUCCUUGCCGAUCCCGAAGGUUUCGUGCUUUUUGUUGCAAAUACGAUCGGUUGGACGGAGUCGGAAAUCCAUGUGUUCCUUGCGCAUGCUCGGAGGGAGAUUCACUCGGGCAAGCAUCAUCCAUACUACAAGCAGCGAGUCGUAUGGGGCCGUAAGCCUGAAGAAUAAUCAGUAAUUCCGUCUUGAAUGCCCUCGGGUUUCUUACAUGAGGGGAAUUUUGGUAGUGAGAGUAGUGGUCCUGUCUGCGGUGAAGAUGAUAUCGCACGCACUACUAAACUCAAAUGGUCUGAUUUAGUUGCUAGUAAUUUUUCAUUUAAUACACGAACUACAGUAUUCGAAGC